UCUGUCUCCCCCCGGUGUGACGCAAUCAGGCUGCGCCCCGCCCAUGACGUCAUCUCCCGGUUUCGGUUUCGUUUCCCGGUCCGGCAAAGCUACCCCCCACCGGCACCGUGCUGCCCUGUCUGGUCCUCCCCCGGCCCUGGCUCUGCGGCCCCCUGAGACCCAACAUGGCGGAAACCGAGAGCGACUCGUGGGAGGAGGAGGAGGGAGAGCGACCGGGGGCGAGGAGACACCGGGGGGAGGACAUCUCACAGUAUUAUAAGCAAGAACGGCGAAGAAGAGCAGCCAAGGACCUGCGGAAGUAUCGGAAUGGCUACCCAAACAGUCGCAAUCUUACUAAUUACAAUGACAAUUCAUUGUUCAGAAAGCUAAUUAAAGGAACUAUCUGGCUCUGUAUGUGGGUCCCAGGUAUGGCAGGCUGGAGACCGCUGGCUUUCGUAGCUUUCCUGCGCAUGUGUCUUGUAUCAUUUUACCGGUGUCUGAGCCCUGAGUCCACACAGAUCCAGGACGAGAGCGCAAUGGAAAUGCCAAACCUGGCUUUUUAUCGGAACGAGCGAUCUUUCAAGCCAUGCGGAGAAUACAUCGAUGUGAUACUUGAGAAAUGGAAAGAUAAUUAUGAAUUACUAGAGGAGAAUCAUUCUUACAUACAGUGGCUUUUCCCUCUGCGCGAGCCAGGGAUGAACUGGAAAGCCAAGCCUCUAACUGUGGCUGAGAUCAAGGAGCUGAAAGGUGAUAAGGAAGCCACGCGCAGGUUUGUCGAGGCGUACAAACUCAUGCUCGGGUUUUACGGCAUCAAGCUUGUGAACGAGGACACCGGUGAGGUGGAUCUAGCUCAUAACUGGGAGGAUAGAUUUGAGAAUCUGGACUAUCACAGCCACAACAACCUACGCAUCACUCGAAUCCUGAAGUGUUUGGGGGAGCUAGGCUUCGAGCACUACCAGGCUCCCCUAGUCAGGUUUUUCCUGAAACAAAUAUUGUGUGAGAAGCAAUUACCGAAUGUUAAAAGCAGCGCCUUGGACUAUUUCAUGUUUACCGUGAAAGACAAGAACCAACGCCGAGAAUUGGUGCACUUUGCCUGGGAGAACUAUGAGCCCCAAAAUCUUUUUAUGUGGGGCCCAAUAGAGAAGCUCAAAGAGUAUAAAAAACACAAUGAACUUGUGUCAGGAGAUGAGAGCGACCAACAGCCCGCAAGUGAGAACAAUUAUCAAAAAAAUUUCAACAUUGCAAAACAGGAGGGAAGUAAGAGCAAUGAGCCAUGCGAAGAUGAUGGGCGUAUACUAACCAGUAGCUUGGAAAAGCCAAGGGACAAUAGCGAAAAGCAAGACCUCACAAAAGAAGAGAUAAGUUGUGAAAAUAUUAAGGAAAGCAAACAAGCAGGUGAUGGUGGGCUCGACAACAAUUCCAUCACAAAAAAACUAAAUGGUAACCCUAGCACUGGCCAGAUCAGUAGAUUAACAAGAGGUGAAAGGGAUGUUGAUAAAGAGGUUACUGAAGAGGUUAAGCAAGAUUUAGUCUGUAGGGAGGGAGAGAAGGAAAACCAAAUUUUAAACAAUGGUGAGGCAGAGUUCAGCGGAGAGACAGGCAAUACUGUAGAGGACAAUACACAAUAUCAACCAAAGGUAGAUCCCAGGAAAAGGAAGAUUGAUGAGGAGAAUCAGUAUGUCCCCCAAAAGGCUGAUUCAACAAGUGACGAAGAGCUCUCCUUAGAAAUGACCCAAAAUUGCAAUAUAGACAGCUCCUCCCCACCUGCUGAGAUGGAUGACCCUAAAAGCCAGGAAGCCAUGGCAAAAAAAAGUAAAUUGGAAAAUAGUCCAUGUAAAGGUCACAUUUCGUCAGAUGGAAUCUCUCACACUGGUGGAGAUUCAGCUACAAAUGAGGAUUUGGUCAUUCCAUUUUCAAACUCAGAACCAGAUCUGCCGGAAACGACAAAUAAACAACAUGAGAACAUAAGUGAAAAUUCCCUUCAUACAGGAGACAUCUCAACAGACAAAAUUUUUACAAGAUAAAAACACGGCAUCUGAGUUUUAUGAAGCAGAAGGUUGAUUUAAGGAUGAAAACUGGAUAAUCUGGAAUUCUGCAUAAAGUGGUUGUUCAGUGCAGAGCAACAGGUGAUCAGAGAGGACGGUAAACUCCUGACUACCUUGUAUUUCUUAGUAGGGUUUGAGGCUGAUGUCUACAUGUUGUGGAUCUACCUGUGACAAAGAACAUUGAGCUGUGCCACUGCUCUAUAUGUCAGAAUAUAUCCUGAUACCUGUGGCCUUUUAACCAGUCUGAUGCCAGAGCUCCCUGAAUCCUGAGCUCUCAUCGAUUUCUUUAGACGGGUGGUGGGAAGAAAAGGAGAACGUUUAAUUACCAUAAUGGUCCUUCAGGCAGAAACUCUGGAAUUAGCCUCUGUCUGGUGCUAGGUGGGAACUUCACACCAUCCAUUCAUUAUUUCAUAUCUUUAUAAUUCAAUUGCUUUACUUUCUUCUUGCUAAAAUGAAAAAUAUUUGCCUUUUGAAAUGUUUACAGAGGUUUGUAUGAAAUCUUUAUGAAAUGCAGAUUGUGAUUUCUUUUUCUCUGUUUCGCUAUGAAUUUACAAUUAAACCAGCGAUUGUA